GUCACCAAAGAUGGCGAUUUGCUGAGUGCUCAUGGAUACACACAUUUUUUGGCUUGUCGUUGUCUCACAGGAAAACGCCAACUUUAGAAACAAAUUAACGGCUUAGCGAGCGACUGUUUCUCCGCCUGAAGCGUAGUCGUCCGCCGCCGCCAUGCAGAUCACGCUGAAGACGCUGCAGCAGCAGACGAUUCAGAUCGAGAUAGACCCCGAACAAACGGUGAAGGACUUAAAAGAGAAGAUCGAGGCCGAAAGAGGAAAAGAUAACUUUCCUGUCUCUGGUCAGAAACUGAUUUAUGCUGGGAAAAUCCUGCAAGAUGACACGCCCAUUAAAGAUUACAACAUUGAUGAGAAGAAUUUUGUGGUGGUGAUGGUUUCCAAGGCUAAACCCGCAGCUGCCGCCGCCGCCGCCGCCUCGCCUCCGGCCUCGGAAGCCCCCAAGCCCCCUGCGCAGGACUCUGGCUCCACGUCAACAGCUGUCCCGGCUCCAACCCCAGCUUCAGACCCGGCCCCGGCCCCGGCCCCGGCAGCUGUCCCCGCUCCCUCCGAGGAGGCCAAAGAGGAGCCAAGUGCCGAAGCCACGGAACCACAACCGGCCAGCUCCAGUGGCACUGGUCAGGGCUUGGACGCCUCCUCGGCCCUGGUGACCGGAGCCGAGUACGAGGCCAUGCUCACCGAGAUCAUGUCCAUGGGCUACGAACGGGAGAGAGUGGUGGCCGCUCUACGGGCCAGUUUCAACAACCCCCAUAGAGCGGUGGAGUACCUGCUCACUGGUAUCCCCAGCAGCCCGGUCCAGGAGAGUAAUCCCCCAGCGCAGGCCCCCGAGUCUGGACCCACAGAGGCCCCAUCAUCUUUAGCAGAGGGAGAGAACCCACUUGCAUUCCUGCGGACCCAGCCCCAGUUUCUGCACAUGAGACAGGCCAUCCAGCAGAACCCCACUCUGCUGCCCGCUCUCCUCCAGCAACUGGGCCGAGAGAAUCCUCAGCUCCUACAGCAAAUCAGUCAGCAUCAGGAGCUGUUCAUCCAGAUGUUGAACGAGCCGGUGGGAGAGGGCGGCGAGGCGCCAGAAGUUGGCGAGUUGGCGGCGGCCGGGGAGGAGGGCGCACCUGUCAAUUACAUCCAGGUUACACCUCAGGAGAAGGAAGCCAUCGAAAGGUUAAAAGCGCUGGGUUUCCCCGAGGCCCUGGUGAUCCAGGCCUACUUUGCCUGCGAGAAGAACGAGAACCUGGCGGCCAACUUCCUCCUCAACCAGGGACUGGAAGAGGACUGAGCGGCGCCGCCUUCCUGCUCCUCCCUCCUGCUCCUCCCCUCUUCAGCUCAGCAUAAAAAGACUGCACCCCCUCUUUCAUUGUACAGCUACCAACCUCGGCUCGACCCUACCAGAGGGGAGGGUGUGUGUGUGGGGGGGACGGGGAAGGGAUGAGGGUGGGGUUACAGGCUUAAAGUACACAAAGAGGAUGUCGCGGGCAGGAGGGUCAGACUUGGAUCAUAAGAGGUCGAGGUGUAAAAUGUGGAGGAAUGACAACACCCACGUGAAUUCCAAUGGAAUGUGUGGGCUUUGUCUCGGGGAGAUCUAUAAUUUGAUUUUAGACGCACGCUUUGUGACAUUAAGGGGGGGGGGGGGGUUUGCGACGACGUGCGUGUGUGAGUACAUGUCUGUGUGCCUGUGCAGAUGGAUGCGAUACAGUCUCGCUGAAAAAGUAAACAAUUUUGCAUUCUCUUAAGUUUGUUAAUGGCGUAGCUGGAAUCGUAUGGAAGCACAUUCUCAUUCUCAGUGUGUAACUGCUUGUAUGUUCGCCUCAUGUACGGACGGCCAUAGAUGGACUGGACGGUGCUGCACCGAUGUGUGUCUGACAUGUUGCUGGGGUCUAUCAGUCUGUUUGGGGGGGGGGGGGGUUAAAGGAAACUAAAUUGACAAAGAAGUAUCUGGUUGUUCUGUUCCCUCUGUACCACCUCAUCUCCAUGUGGCUGCACAGAUGAAGCCGCUGCAUAAACAUGCUGUGCCUGCCUGUUUAGGUUCAUCAGAUGUGGAACUCUUUUUGUCUGAUAGCUUCUGGUGCUAAUUCACACUCCCCGUAAACAUCGUGUGUGCCACUUAACGUACGGUUUAAAACAACCAAACGAUGCAGUCUUGAGCGGAAGCUGGUUGCCACGGUGACGUAGUUUUACAGCCUUAAGUAAACGCCAUUUUAUCCAACAAGUAUUUUUUUUUCUUCCUUCCCUCCGUUCAACAAAUUGGUUUAUUUUAUCGGCCCAGACUUCAACAGUGUUUAGUUUUCCAGCAUUUGACCACAUGUGGGAAGACAUUUUACAAGUUAAACAAAAUGAUUAAAAAUCCACACUUACGUUC